AUGAACGAGAGCAGUGAAAGUGAGCUCACGCCAUCACCCUCACCUAAAGUCCAGAGGAGAAGGCUGGAGGUGACAAAUAUUUCAUCCAGCAGUGAGGAUAUCAAAACUGAAAGUGCUGACUCCUCUGUUGAGGAUGAAGAGUUCAUCCGCAAGCAGAUAAUGGGUAUGGGUGAUGAAGAAGAAAUGUCUCUUUCAGAAGAUGAGAAAGAAAAGAAUUUGGCAAAUGAGGAAGCUGUCAAGGAGGCUGGGCUUGAUAAUGCUUUGGUGACAGCCAAAUCACUGUCUGGAAAAGGUAGCACAGAUAAUGAAGACAGCCCAGCCUGGAAAAAAGACCUCCCAAAAACUGACACUGCAACUACUCAAGAUGUUUCUGAAACAAUGCCCAGCACUACUUUCAGAAAAGCCAUUCCAGUCACAAGACAGAGACAAAGCACUGAUGAAGAAGUAGAGAGCAUCACAGAAUCCCUGUCUAAGGGAUCAUCUAGUGUUCAGGCAUCUAGCUUCACUCCAGGAUCUUCACCUACGUCAGCCUCAUCUCUGGAGGAGGACAGUGAUAGCAGCCCCAGUCACAGGAAAGUCAGUGGGGACAAACAGCAUCGCAAAGGUAAGCACAGGCAGCCAACCCAGCCGCUCCCAACUAUUGAAGACUCCUCUGAGGAAGAGAAGAUGAGGGAGGAAGAGAAGCCUAGGAAAGACAAAGAUGAACCUAGGGAUCUUGGCCAAUCAUUAUCUCCAGCAGAAGAUGCUUCCUCUACAGAGGAUCUAAGAGAGGUUACUGUAAUGGAUGAAAGCAAUAGAACAUCUGGCUCUGAGUACUCUGCUAGUAUAGAAUCAGAACCAGAGGCUAGGCGAGCUGUACAGAGAGGACGUAAGCCUUCACCAACAGUGAUACCAUACACUCCUACUGAUCCAUUUAAAGAGAAGGAUACUGUGACAAAAUCAUUGAAGAGUGCCGAAGAAGCAUAUGAGGAAAUUAUUCAGAAGACAAAAGCUAUUCCAGGGGAGAGUCCUCCUGAUAUUGAACCUCUCUAUGGAGGAAUGGCAAUUGAGGACUAUCUUUACGAAUCCUUAGUUGAGGAGCCUGAAAUUAAGAUGAGUGAUCCUCAAGAGGAGGAACCCAAGCAGGAUACUGGCUCUGAAUCUUAUAAAAAACUCAGGUCACCAGAGGAGGUUUAUGAGGAGAUGAUGCAGAAAAAGAGAGAACUGAUGAUGAUAGAGCAAGAGUUUCAGCAGGCCCAGACUGCCAUGGUAUCUUCCUCACCGGGGGCUUCAGACACUGGAUCUCCAGCAGUUGCUGAGACCUGUGUGGUUACUAUACCCACGGAGGAGACAUUGCCCACUGGGCAAAUUAAUAUGCCUCUUACAGGCACUGAUACCUCCAGUGAAGUACCAGUAAAGAAAAAGAAACGGCCAGCUCCACCACGUCCCUCUGAACCCCCUAAGCGCCCUGAGGUGACUGUUGUGCCCAGCACUCCCAGUGGAUCUAUAAGUUUUGUUAGGCCUAUGGUUCCUCAAGAUCCUGCACUCAGAAAAGCACUGUUCCCCAUACCAGAUCUCAAAAUUACCCAGUGUUCAUCCGGGGAGGAAGAGGAUGACAGUCUUGCAGAUGAGUAUGGUGUUGGUAUUUCCUCUGACAUCACCCCCAGUGAUGACUCUGAGACUAAAGAAGAUGCAUCCAUAAGUCCACCUUUGUCUGACACCACUGAGAUUGAGCCCAUCUGUGUGGUCUGUGAAAUUCCAGAGCCAAAACCUAUUCCAACUCCAAUAUCAGCCCCAGAACUCACCACUACACCUUCCCCUGUAUCACCAGUGUCACCUCCAACUUCACCGGCCACUCCAGAUUCCAGUCUGGCUUCUAAUGCUACAUCUUCAUCCUCGUUCCAGGCUCAAACACCUCUUUCACCAGAUUCAACUCCACUGUCUACACCAACACCUCCAGCUUCAUUUGUAACCCAAUCACCCCCAGAGGUGACGCCACCAUCACCUGCCACAGUUGCAACAGUAUGGUCUAGUGCAGGCUUAGUCUCUCGUCCCACUCCAACCACAGUUAUAGUUACAAUACCAGAUGUGGUUUCUGAUCCAUCCAAAGCCCAAACAACUGCAGUAGCUCAAGUGGAGCCUUUUAGAGCUGAAUCCCCAACUCAAGCCCUAGUUGAGAUGUCUGCUGUGCCUGUUGUGGUCCAAAUGCCAGACUUGGUUUCAUCUCCCUCUCGGGUGUCUCCUGAGUCUCCAGCUGUUAUACAGGUUUCAGCACCAAGUCCAGCACCUGCUGUUGUCUCAGCUCAACCUACAUCCCUAGUUACAGCCACACCGGUUGCAGUUUCCACUCCAGCUUCAGCUCAUGUGGUUUCUGCUUCUGUCACUGUGGCCCAGUCAUGCCAUGGCCCAGUCAUAGUGCAAAUGCCCGACCUGGUUUCAACUACAUCUCCAAUCUCUGCACAAACCCCACGUCCAGUCUCAGCACUUGUAACAAGCCCAGCUCAAGCCCAAGCCAAAGUGGUACACUCAGUCCCCGUUCAACCAGCCGUCCCAUCAGUGAGCCCAGUGAUAGUCCCAGCUCAGGCUCAAAUGGCCCAGGUGCCUGCACCAGCCCCAGCAUCAACUACUAUAAUCAAAAAGAAGGUCCCACCCCCUCCUCCACCUCGGUCUACUUCAGUGUCAUUACCUGAACCUAAAACAGAGCUGCCACUUGUAAGGACUGUUCAGCAUGUCACCCCUACUAUGACCACUACCAUAGCUAUGGGAACCACAGUAGCAGGCCAGCCAAUGCAGUCUGUAGUUGUGGAUAUACAGCCAAGAAUGGAAGACACACCAGAUAGUGUGGCUGUACCUCAUAUAGUGACCCCAACCAGACAAGGACAUGUAGUCAUCAUAGUGCCCAGUGGGGAAAAUAUAUCUUUGCUUGGACGAACCCCACAAGAUAUAGCUGCCACAGGGCCAAUAGCUUCCACUGCUUCACUGCCACAAAGUACUCAUAUAGCCACACAUCCUGCUUCAGAUAUACCCAGCGCCGAUACACUGUUACAAUACACUAAGGUGUCGGCAGUGACAGUAGCUUCAGCUCCACCGCUUCCGCCUAAACCUAUGGCAGGGACAAAAGCUGUAGACACAGUUGAAAUAUCUGUAGCAGAUACACCUCCACCGCCUCCUACUACAUUACUCAAGUCAACUGUUUAUCCAAAGCCACCAGUUCCCUCUGCAGUAACAACCGCUGCAGAAACAAUAGCUCAAGUUUCUGUUACAACUGGCCCUAGUCAAACCACCAAGCCUCCUCCACCCAUACCACCUAAGCCUAUUUCAAUUCCAAGUGGACUGGUUUUCAGUCACAAGCCAGGAGAGAGUGUCAAGCCACCUCCUCCUCCUGUGGCCCCUAAAGCUGCAACACUACCCAGGACCAAAGAACCUCCAAAUGCUCUGUCACUUAGCCUGACACGUCCUGUGGAGUCUAAGUUGGGUGCGACAUCACCUAAGUCACCUUUGUCUCCCAGACAUGCCAAAUGUUUGCAAACCUAUGUGGUGAUAACUCUUCCAUCUGAACCCGGCUCACCAACAGAGGGUAUAACAGUCCAGGCACCAGUAAGACGAGGGUCCAUCCCAUCUACAAAAGUGUCAGGGGUACGGACCACACCUUCAGAGCAGAAAACACCCACUGAGGCAUUCUCAGCACAGGCCACAGUGAGGAGAGCCUCUGUCCCCACUGUAAGGCAUCCACCUCCAAUACCUGUACCUCCAACUGUGGCAGUAGAGCAAGUCACACCAUCUGAGGUAGUGGCUGCUCAAGUGCAAACCAGGAGAGACUCUGUGUCUUCUGUAGUGCAACCACCACCAUCUGUGGCUGAUGUCAUCACAGUGUCAUCAGGUCAGGACACAUCCAUUCAGGUUCCAUACAGGAGAGGAUCUAUUCCUUCAACAGAACAACCAACACAGAUGCUAACUUAUUCAUCGGAAUAUGAUCAGCCUCUGGAGAUAAUAACCACUGAGGCAUACACCAGGAGAACCUCAAUGCCCACUGCACAGGACAUUCCACAGGGUGUGUCUGUCGCUCCAGUCACCAUCACUAAAAUUCAGCAAGAGUCUAUUGAGAGCCAAGAGAUUCGGGGACCAGAAAAGGUAGUCUCCAGUAUGAGUCACAUGUAUGCCUCUUCAAUUUCCACCUCGGGUCAACCUCCUGAAAGCCUGCCUAGCCUGGUCACUCAGGUGGUCACCACUGAGGUCCAGAGGACCACUGUUUCUGUUGUCCAUGAAAGACUUCCACAGGUCCCUGCACCCAGUGUAGAAAUCACUGUACAACCAGACGUAGCGAAAGUCCAACCUCUGCCAAAACAGAAUGGGAAGAUAAUAUACCCUGGCGAUGUUAUCGAUUUACGUACUAUGAAGGUUGGCGUAAGGAUGACUGAACAAGGCAUGGACCUGACACCACCUGAGUCAUGUCGACAGUCUUUUUCAAGUGACUCUAGUGGGCGACAAAUCACAGCAGUGCAGCCUGAGAUAGUAAAUCUUAGUGCAGAAAUCACUCCUGCAACCACACUGUCUGUUGUCACUGACAGCAUCACAAUAGUAACAUGCACAGCCACCAUUGCCUCAUACAACAACACACCUGCAGAGAAACCACUUGAUUUGCAGGGUCCUGUUACAUCAUUACCUCUGCCUCUCACCACAUGCAAACCAUUUGAACCACUAGCACAGAUUGUUUACAGACCUGUGAACUCUAAGCCCGUAGUCAGUGCUGUAGCAUCCACAGCUCAAGACAUACCCAUUAAUCUUUCCUUUGGAGCUCUCGUUUCCUCAGGAGUAAAACAACCAAUGACUUUGGCCCCAGCUGCUAUCAGCAACGGAGGUCCUGUCCUUUCCCUAGAACCCACAGGAGCCAUGGAUUUGUCAAACUACAGACCAGUGAGAGCUAUGGUAGCUUUGUCUGGCACAAGCCCAGGAGUGGUGACCACUGUUGUAGAGGAUGACGGGACUCCAGUUGACCUUACGGCUGGUAGGAGGAGUGUAUGCUGUGAUGUCAUUUACAAGCUACCAUUUACAGGAAGCUGUAGAACACAGCCCCCUGUUACAACCCAGCCUGACAACCGUUUUGGCUACAGAGAUGACCACUAUCAAUAUGAUAAUGCUGGAAUUUACGGUAUCAAAGGCAUGAAUGGUAUAAAAGCAUCAAUAUCUGAGACCAACCUGACAGAGGCUGGACUUUCCUCCUAUGAUCCAAAGAAUGACUAUGACUAUCUCAGUGGAUCUACAGAUGGCGCUAUAGACCUCACUGCAGCCAAACUUUCUGCUGGUAAACCACUAGACUACACUAGCAAAGCUACUGGAGUCUACCCUGGGAUGACUACUGCUCCAUACUCCCAGGUCCCUGCAGCUGGAUUUGGUGUAAAUAGUGUUCUAAGAACCUCAGAUGGAAUAGUUUACUCCUCUGUUGCUGCUCCAGUUCCAUCUACAUAUGCAAUUACAACUCAACCAGGCUCCAUCUUUAGCACUACCUUAACACCUACAUCAACAGUCCAGAACCAGUCAUUGCCGCACCCAUAUGGCUUCAUUCCCACUACAGACCCAGGACAGAUGAUUCAUUUUGACACAGGGCUACCUAAGGAGCUUCUACCCACAGCUUUGGCUGACAUCAUAACAGGCUAUCCAGACAUGUACUCAGACACCACCCUGGAAGCAAUUGCUGCCUCUCUCGAUGCCUUGGCUUCUUCUCCAAUAUUCCCUGGCUUAGACAACACCAAGAUGGCUCAGUAUCAGAUGGAGAGGGAGUUUCUAGAGCUAGAGAAGCUUAAGCAGCUAUGUCUCGCUGAGGAGCUGGAGUGGGAGAGACAAGAGAUCCAGCGUUACCGUGAACAGGAGCAGCUUAUGGUCCAGAGAGAGCUUGAGGAGCUUCAGGCUCUGAAACAGCAGCUUCUCCUGCAGCAAGAAGAGGAGCACCAUGCCCACAUGGUGGCACAGCAGGAGACCUACGCCCAACAGAAAGAGCAGCUCCAGCAAAUCCAACAACUUCAACUGCAACUCCAACGCCAGCUAGAUGAGCACUAUGGUACCACUGGUACCACAGGAAACCUCCUAGAUGCAAAAUAUGCAGGGGUAGGGGACAGGAAAAAAAUAAUUGAUAGUGGAGUCCAGACAGAUGAUGAAGACUCAGCAGAGAAGCAGCAUGUAGGAAGGAGGAAGAAGAAUAAGAGAAAUGUUGAUAGCUCAGCUCAGACUGAUGAUGAGGACCAAGAUGAAUGGGAUGCACCCACCAAAGCUCGACGACGCUCUCGAAAACAUAGCAGUGAUGGGAAACAUGGCUCCAAGGUCUCUAGUAUCGCUAUCCAGACAGUAGCAGAGAUAUCUGUCCAGACAGACCACUCUGGAACUAUCAAACGACCCAAUGUCCAGAUGGACACUAAGGUGGAAAUCAUCAAACAUAUCUCAGCUCCAGAGAACUCUCAGAGAGGUGGCAGUCUGAGUUGUCAAACAGAUUCAGAUAGAAGGCACACACCUGUUGAGGUGGGCUACAGCACACACCUAACGGCAGAUACCCCCUCUAAGUCUAAAGUCUUCUAUACUCCAGUCUCCCCACUGUCCCCAGAAAAGUCAGUUGGAGGGCAGAGAAUGCUGACUGCUGACCCAACCAGAUUUUCCUCUGGCCCUCGGAUAUUAAAGGCUGGUCAGAAGUCUCUAUCUGAUCCAAAAUCCCUUAGUCCUACCACAGAAGACAGGAUGGGUGGAUACUAUGCAGACAGCUAUUCUGGCCGAGGCUCUCCCUCUGGCACAGGCAAGAAGGUAAAACGAACACUACCAGACCCCCCUCCUGAGGAUGAUUCUUUGACAGGACGGUCAGGCUACAGUACCAACUCUGCUCGUCGCCGUCUUGCCCGCAGUACAACAAUGGCUCGGGCAAAGAUCCUGCAAGACAUUGACAAGGAGCUUGAUCUGGUGGAAAGAGAAUCUUCUAAACUUCGCAAGAAACAAGCUGAGCUAGAUGAAGAGGAAAAGGAGAUUGAUGCCAAGCUACGGUAUCUGGAGAUGGGUAUCAAUCGCCGUAAGGAGGCCUUGCUGAAGGAGAGAGAGAAGAGAGAGAGGGCCUAUCUCCAGGGGGUGGCAGAGGAAAGAGAUUACAUGUCAGACAGUGAGGUUAGCAACAUCAGAGAGGCUAGGGGUGAUGGCCUGGAGAGGCCACGGACGGCUCCCCAAUCAGAGUUUGACCAGUUCAUCCCCCCACAGACAGAAGCUGAUUCCCAGUACAACACACUAACUAGUCCCUAUUCUCACUAUGCCCAGUAUGUCCCCCAGACCCAAACCACCAGCCACUAUACCCAACAGAACCUGUAUCAGCAGCAGUCCCUUUACCACCAACAGGUGUCUCCUUACCCAACUCUAUCCCUCUCCCAUACCCAGGCUCAGCCCAGCAGCUACCAACAUGCUCUGCUCUUGCAGCAGGGAAAGCAGCGACAAACCACCCUGUCUGAUCUAGAGCCUAAGAUCACCACCAACUAUGAAGUGAUUCGCAACCAGCCUCUGCUUAUUGUACCAACCUCCACAGAAAGUGGCUAUGGAGUGGCUCACAUGGGGGGCAAGUAUGGCAACUUGGACUUAAGGCUAGGGCUAGAGGAGAGGAGUAUGGCCUCCAGUCCAAUGUCUAGUAUUUCUGCUGAUUCCUUCUAUGCUGAUAUUGACCACCACAAUGCCCGGAACUACGUACUGAUAGAGGACAUAGGGGAGCUCACCAAGGCCUCAACAGGGCUGGGCAACACCGGCUUGGGUUCUGGAUUCAACCUGCCUGAUAAGGAGUUGUCCAAGGCAGACAGACUACUUAGGGCAGCAGAAGUGACAGAUUUUUUAGGCUCAUCUCGGCUUCAAGGUUAUGGUAAAGGAGAAGAUGACACUAUGGAAGAGCCUUAUGAGCUGAAACUAUUGAAGCAGCAGAUCAAGCAGGAGUUCAGACGAGGAACUGAGGGGCUAGAACACUUAGCAGGUCUGGGCCUUCCCCAGUAUCUCCCUAGUGAUAGCAGUUUUCGCCAUUUUCCUAAAGGAGAAAAAUAUAGCAUUGGCAGGCUUACUCUUGAAAAGCAGGCUGCAAAGCAACUUCCGGCAGCUGUGCUUUACCAGAAACAAAUGAAGAACAAAAAGGCCCUAAUAGACCCUAAGGCCAUUACUAAAUUUUCCCCAAUUCAGGAGAGUAGGGACCUGGAGCCUGACUUUGGCAGCUAUAUGGGAUCUGGGGCCUCCUCCGUGACCAAUCUGGCUGCGAGGGCCAGGUUGCUUCAGGAUGAGAUUACAUUUGGGCUUAGAAAGAACUUGUCUGAGCAGCAAAAAUAUUUGGGCUCCUCCCUGGGGGCCAACCUAGCUGGUUCUCUUAAUCUUGGGCAGUCCCUUGGAUUGGGAUCCACUAUCAGGGCCACUGCCCAGGAUGAUGGCACCUACCCAAGUGGCACUCGUUCCCGACCUUCAUCACGCCCCUCCUCCCGCCCCUCUUCUGUUUAUGGCUUGGAUCUAUCUAUCAAACGGGACCUAUCCAGCUCCUCACUCAGACUUAAAACAGAGGGAGAGGUCCUGGAUGCAGCAUUUGCCCCUGGGGUGGCCAGAGCAAAGCCCACUAGUUUACCUAUUAGCCAAAGCCGGGGCCGUAUCCCCAUUGUGGCUCAGAACUCUGAGGAAGAGAGCCCUCUGAGCCCAGUGGGGCAGCCUAUGGGCAUGGCUAGAGCGUCAGCUGGACCUCUCCCUCCCAUAUCUGCUGACUCCAGGGACCAAUUUGGGUCUAGCCAUUCCCUGCCAGAGGUACAGCAACAUAUGAGGGAGGAAUCUCGGACGCGUGGCUAUGAUCGAGACAUUGCAUUCAUCAUGGAUGACUUGCAAGGUGCCAUGUCUGACAGCGAAGCGCUAAGUGAGUCCAUGCUGGUUUUGAACAGAGAUGAUGCCAGAAUCUUUCAUGAAAGUAUCAGACACGCCUACCACCUGAGGAGAGAGGACACAGACUGGUUUGACAAGCCAAGAGAAGGGCAUCCGCAGGGUGGACACAUGUCAGACCGGAGACAGAUGAAACUGGUCCCUUAUGCCUUCCCUCACACUCGCAUCAAGCUUAAGAGAGACCUGAAGGACACCAGUGUGUCAGGGAAUGGACUUGGGAUCCGUGUAGUUGGUGGGAAGGACAUUCCAGGAAGCAGAGGCGAGAUCGGAGCCUACAUUGCCAAGGUUAUCCCUGGCGGUGUGGCAGAACAAACAGGAAAAGUUGUAGAGGGAAUGCAGGUGUUGGAGUGGAAUGGAGUCCCGCUGACGGGAAAGACUUAUGAAGAAGUGCAGUGCAUCAUGGGCCAGCCAUGUGCAGAGGCGGAGCUCUGUGUGAGACUCGACCUUAAUAUGCUGUCUGACCCUGAGCACCCACAAGCCCUGGAGCACCAUGUCCAGCUUAAGGCUGGUGGGCAGCGUUCUCCUGGUGUGGAUCCUAAGCAGUUGGCUGCAGAACUGCAGAAGGUGUCCCAGCAGCAGGCUCCUGGUCGCUCCGCCCUCCUCCACUCGGGGACUGGAUCAGCUGCCUCCAGUGGUGUGCCAAGCCCGGGCCAGCCUGCGUCCCCUGCCAUAAACAAAAGACAGAGACACAAGCCAGCAGAGGUGAUGAAGAUGCCUCAUCCCAUCACUGGAGAAAUUCAGCUCCAGAUCAACUAUGACAGGAACCUAGGAAACCUGAUCGUCCACGUCCUGCAGGCUAGAAACCUAGCCCCGAGGGACAAUGACGGCUACUCUGACCCUUUUGUCAAGGUCUACCUCUUACCGGGGAGAGGACAAGUCAUGGUUGUCCAGAAUGCAAGUGCUGAUAACAAGAGAAGGACCAAAUAUGCCCAGAAGACCAUGAACCCAGAAUGGAACCAGACUGUCAUCUACAAGAACAUUCAUUUGGAGCAGUUAAAGAAAAAGACGCUGGAGGUGACAGUGUGGGACUAUGACAGAUCCUCCUCCAAUGACUUCCUCGGAGAAGUGCUGAUCGACUUGUCAAACACAGCCCAGCUGGACAACACUCCUCGCUGGCUGCCUCUGAAGGAGCAGAGUGAGAGUAUUGAGCACAGCAGAGCCCACCAUGCUACUCAAGGCCCACCAGGGUCUGGGUCAGGUCAGGGUCACGGGCCUGGGAUGGGGGCUGGGCAUGGUAUGGGACAGGGUCAAGCGCCAGGACAGGGAGAUGGGAGUCAUGAUUCACCUAAAAACUCUGUAAUCAAGAGCAGAAGUCAUGGAAUCUUCCCUGAUCCAGCGAAAGACAUGCAGAUGAUGCCUUUGGAAAAGUCACACAGCAGCCCAGGCAGCUCCAAGUCUUCCUCUGACGGCCAACUGCGCUCCCAUGGCCCUUCCCGAAGCCAAAGCAAGAGCAGCGUCACUCAGGCCCACCUUGAGGAUGCUGGGAUAGCCAUUGCUGCCGCCGAGGCUGCUGUGCAACAGUCCCGCCUGCAACCAAGACCAGGACACCGGCUAGGUGAUGUCUCAGGGCCAGUGGUGCUGUCUGCCCCGAGUCUUGUGGGAGAUGCCUAUGGUGGACUGGAUGGGGAAGAGGGGGUGGGCACUGGAGUGGACAGUGCCAUCUUUCAAGUGCCGCGCAUUGGUAAGACUAUUCCCAACGGCACUGACAAAAACCAACUAGGGACCCCAGAAAAUGAAGCUGGUAAAACACAAGUAAUGGGGGAGAUCAAGGUCGCUCUCAAGAAGGAGGUGAAGACAGAAGGGGACCAACUGGUCUUGGAGAUCCUUCAAUGCAGAAACAUCACUUACAAGUUCAAAAGCCCAGACCACCUACCAGACCUGUACGUGAAGUUGUAUGUGGUGAAUGUGGCCACGCAGAAGAGGAUCAUCAAGAAGAAGACCAGAGUUUGUCGACAUGACAGGGAGCCUUCUUUCAAUGAGACCUUCAGAUUCCCUCUCAACCCAACUGGACAUGCCAUACAGCUUUUCUUGGUCUCUAAUGGAGGGAAGUUCAUGAAGAAGACCCUGAUAGGGGAAGCCUACAUCUGGCUGGACAAGGUGGACAUGAGGAAGAGAGUGGUCAGCUGGCACAAGCUGUUUGUCAGCUCCACUCAGACCAACCCCUGAGCACCACACCAAAAAGGAGCAGAAGAUCUAUGAAAGGUGAAUCCAGAGUGUACUGGUUUAGAGACUCAAUUUGACAAAAAAUGGAUGAGGAAAAAAACUAUUGAAGAUGAGGAAAUAAAAAGAUUAAUUUAAUUUACUUCCUUUAUAUGUUAUAAGAAGGAGAGAAUUAUGUGCUAAUACCAUAACAAACGUAUCAGUCCAACACUGCCAGCACACGUCCACCUCUUCUCAUGUAGAGUCUCUGCUGGUUGUGGACUUUGCUUGUAGGAUGCAAACAUGCAAAUGCCACAGCAAGCACCGAAACAGACUCAGCAGCAAUAUGGCUUUGAGAGCAGUGAUGUCUUUCUUACCAUAGUUCCAAUUCCAUGACCCACACGAGACAUUGUUGUUUUGGUGCUGUGCAACUGAACUAACACAUCUAUCAAAGGGAAAGAUGAAAAAGAGGUGAAUAUCACUUUGAUCACAGAACCAUCAACUGAAAUUUUUUUUUUGUUUGUUUAGUUUUUUUGUCAUAAGAAACGCCCAGAUGAUGGUUGUGGUGUGUGUGUGUGUGUGGAUAUCAGUGGUCUUUAAAAAUUUAAUGAUGAAGGAAUGCAUAAUGUUUGUAUGAUGGUCAGUUUCAUGUAAAAAGAAAAAGAAAAAUAACAAAGCCUUUACGUAGAACUGAGUCAGACAUCUGUCUUUUGCUACAGGAUGAAGAUAAAAAUGUACAGCACUUCAGAUGUAGAUAUCACACAUGCAGAAUACAGAACAUAUCAGAGAAUCACAUUGUACAGUGUGAUGUUUAUGUAGUAUACAAAGAUAUCAGAUUCAGAAUAUAUCUAAAUACAAUAUAGAGUAUGAGAGUUGUUCUCUUGUCACUAGAUUAUAUAUGAUAAGAUAUAAACAUAUGAUCUCUAUUAGAUUGAGGCUGUGGGUGGCGCGCUGACAAUCCAGUAGGCUUCUUUAGUCUAUGGUGUAGGCAUUCUUAAUAACUGUUAUGUGAAUGUGGACCUAUGUGAGCUCAAGGAUGUUCCUGAAAAACAGCUCCUUUGGUCCUCUGAUCACAGCGAUGCACCGCUAGAUAUUCAACAGGGCUGAGAUAGAAUACAAUAAAGGUCAAGGUCAACAUCCAGUGGCAUAUCGCUAUUUCACUAGCAUCCUAUUGUGCAGGGCAGGUUAGGGUCACAAUAAAAUGAACAGCAUCUUGUGCUCUGAAGUCCAAAGCACAUGCUGUGUUGAAUGUUACAAACCAACUCCAGAGGAUGACAAGAAUUUAUCACAUCUGUGUCAUGUGUACAGCAUUUUCAUUUAAGGCUGUUGUAGUUGCUCAGAGUAUGCUAAUAUUUCUUUCUGUGUCGCCCAUCAUGUAAUAACACUGUUGGAAUGGACAUGUAAUUCACACACAUUGUGUCAAAAACAUACGUAGACCUGCAACUGUCAUUACUUCAGUGUGACAGCUCUGCACUCUGUGUAUUAAAGCCCCCUGGUCUGGAGUUUUACCUAAAAACAAAAUGAAGAAAAAAAAAAAAGGUUUGUACCAGUCAAAUGUCAAGGUUCCUCUGUGUGUCCGGCUGUGUGCUGUAAAACCCACUAUACUGUUUUGUGUCAGUGACUCCCGUUGCAACACAGUGAACCAGCCUCUUUCACUGCCUGUGACCAAAACACUCACUCAGGCCCACUGGGGUUCAGUCAUAUUUAGGUCAGAAUAUCACAUGGGGCCAAGUCUCAGUACUAAUGUGUGACCCAUGCAUUCAUCUUCAUUCAACGUUUUGCCACCAUAUCUACAGAAUGAAAAAAACAGAAAAAAGGAAAAAUAAAAAAAAUGACACUAUCGAGUGACCCUUUGUAAGUGUAUUAUGGCAUAUUACAGGGCUGAUGCAAUUUUUUUAGAAGUAAAUAUAACAGAGGAAACAACAAAUACACUUAGAACAAGAUGUCACUUGAAUUUUACUGCAAAGGAAAACUAAAAAGAGGAUUAAUACGGAAAGGAACGUGGUUGAUUUUUCAGAUAAUUAUUUUGCUGUGCCAACCCUGAUUUUUUUUUUUUUUUUAAUUCCAGACCCAUUGGUUCUUUUGAAGUACUUCUAUGCAACAUAGAUGUGUUUGAAUGCAUUUGUUUUUUGGAAUUAAAUGUUUUAUCUGUGAACAUAUUGUCUUAAAAUGUCUUAUAGAAAAUAACUUUAAUUUGUACAUCACUGAAAGAAAAUAUUAAAUAUAAAUUAACUAUAUGAUUUUUUUACUGAUUUUAAUAUAUUGGUGUUAACUGCUGUUAACAUCGACAUGGAGCUUGUGCACUUUAUUAUUACAUUGUUUAUUUUCUUGUCUCAUAUUAACUGUCAUGACAUGCAAGAUUAUGUGUUUUGUGUUUCUGCACUGAAACGAACUGAAUCAUGGUGUAUGUGGUGGCUGAAAAUAUUGUGGUGUAAAUUUUGUAUCUAUGUGGCAAAAUAAAAACAUGCAGACAUGUUGGGGUUCCUAAACACAAUGCACAAUCUGGGGAGAAAUCACCCUCACUAUUUCAUGCUUAUAGUCUACUGAACAGUCAGUGUACAAAGUACAGUAAAAAAAAAAAAAAAAAGUCAUAUUCCCUUAAGGCUCAGUCAUGACUGUUUAGCCCCUGUGUUU